AUGUAGGCAGAAAGGACUUUUUUCUCCUCUCCAUAGUAACAAUGACAAAACAAGCCAGUUGAAGUCCAGGAAGGAGCAGGGAUGAUUGCAGCUGUGUGGAAAAGGAGACGGACCGGUUCAGAGCAGAUUCCUACGUUGGAGUGAAAGGAACAGGGGCAACAGGAGCAGAAGAAGAUCCUGGAAGUUUGCAGGGAUUGUUUUCCAUCACAGAAACUUGUAAGGGGAGCAACACGUGACAGGCUUGCACCCUUCAUACCCUCUCGGCAUGGAGCGGGACAGUCACAGCGAGGACUCUCUGUCCACCAUGGUUCUGGAGAACAUUAAGAACAAACUGAUACAUGCCUUCAGGGUGACAGGAGAGUCCAGAGAAGAUCCUCAAGACUCUGGAUCCACUGUCAGACCAGUCAGCAUUGGCCGGAACUUCCAGGCCAAUGAGGAGCUGAGGAGGGCGCAGAUAGAUGGAGCAAUAACCUGGCUGAGGUCUGAGCUGCUGGAGAUGCGCUCACAGGACCUGCAGCUGGCUCAGACUCUGCUGGGGCUCAACACAGAGAUCCAAAGACUGAGGAGGGAGAGUUUUGGAGGUGUGGAAGUAGAGGGGGAGGAUCAGCAGUAGCCUCCCCUGUCAGACACAUCCUUCUCUGGGGAAGACCUACGAUUAACUGGAGGAAGAACAGGUUAGAAAAAUGCUCUCACUGGAAACCUCGUGAUGGACAAGCAAAAUGAAACCCGUUGAUUGGACUGUGAUAACGGUAACAGUUACAUGUAAAGUCACCAGCAUAGAGAGUGAUCAAGUGUGUAAGUUAGACUUUUUGUUUGCACUUUUGCAGUUCUGCUAAAUCUGUUUUGUUUCUGUGGAAGAAUGAGAAACAAGACAGUUUGAAUGUAAAGAUGAAGUAAAAAAUAAAUAAAUAAAGAACACAG